CUGGGAAGGCUCAGGGGCAGGACCAGAGGAAGCGGCGGGGAAGGUCCGAAGGAAGCCUCGGGCAGGCUCAGGGGCAGGACCAGAGGAAGCGGCGGGGCAGGUCCGAAGGAAGCGCGGCCAGGCUCGGGUGCCGCCCCGGAAGGCGCCGUGCCGCAGCCAUGGUGGUGCUGAGCGCGGCGCGCUGGGUGCGCAGCCGCCUCUCGGACCGCUUCUGGAGGGUGCAGGAGGUGCUCAAGUACGCGCGGCAUUUUCGUGGCAGGAAGAACCGCUGCUACACUCUGGCAGUGAGGAGCGUCCGCAGGGCUUUCGUGAGGUCCACCAAGGCCAGGAGGGAGAAGAAGAGAUUCCUCAGAGCGCUCUGGAUCACGAGGAUUGAAGCAGCUUCCCUUGAACACGGUUUGAAGUACCCAGCCUUCAUAAGCAACCUGGUCAAGUCCCAGGUGGAGCUGAACAGGAAGGUUCUGGCUGAUUUGGCUAUUUAUGAGCCAAAGACGUUCAAAUCCCUGGCGGCUUUAGCCCAGAGGAGGAGACAGGAAGGGUUCCUGGCUGCCCUGGGAGAUGGAAAAGAACCAGAGGGGAUAUUUUCACGUAUUGUGCACCACCACUAUUGAUAUCAGAGUCUGAUUUAGGAGCAGGGAUGUGAUUGUGAAGCAAACCUGCCGUGGGACUGCUGCUGCUGAAAUGGAAAAUGUGGAACAAAUCCUGUCAGCAUCGUGUGGGGGCGAAGCUUCUCCUGUGUUGUUGUCACUGAAACCUGUUAAAUUAAAAGCACACUUCAAGGUUAGCAGUCAGGCCAUACUGUGGUUUAAUAAAGAUUUUUUUUUGGUUUUUUUGCUAGUAGAAAAACUCCAAUUUGUGUGGUGAAUUCUGGCGCUGAACGGGGAAAAAAACACAGCUGGGAUGGGGAGAUGUUUACCCUCACACUGGACCCUGGGUGUUAAGGACACACGUAGUUUGUACUUUUAAGUUCUUAAUAAAGAUAUUUUUAUUGCUAA